UAGAGGGUCUACAUCGAUUACAGGACAUUGCUUUUUUAGUUUCCAGUAUUGACUCGGUGCUACCUAUUAACAAUGAUGAUAAUCUGAAGAGAGUACUUGUGAAUGCCAAACCCUUGUUGAGGGUAAUAGUACAAAGAAAAGGUACUUGUUAAUUUUUUUACCUCAUUAGGUGAUAGUUUGGAGGAGUUAAACGGUUACGGGACAAUCAAACCCCGCAAUUUAAUAUCUAGUAUAUUAGGGUGAACCCCACGCUGAACAAAAACUUUGGCCAUUUCAAACCCUCACGACUUCCGACAAGUGUAAUCUAUUAUUGACGUCGAUAUUGUACCUGAAACUUGCAGACGGGUACGGUUACUGAAACAGGGGUCUGAGAAACCUCUUGGGUUCUAUAUUAAGGAUGAAACUAGCGUCCGCGUUACGCAGAGUGUUAGUGCCUGGAAGUAUCGCAGAGUCCACAGAACUUUUAGCUAUAAAUGAUGAAGUUCUAGAAGUUAAUGGUAUCAAAGUGGUUGGAAAAACGCUAGAUCAGAUGACAGAUAUGAUGGUCGCCAACAAUUCAAACCUCAUAAUAACUGUAAAACCGGCCAAUCAGAGAACUGUGGCACCUGUACGUCGCAGCAGCUUCAGUCGAAAUUCGCAGGUUUCGAGUGGUCCACACCAGUCACAUACCACUGGGGGUCCAGAUCUUGACGAUCAAGACGAAAUUGUGGAUUUGACAGUAGCUCCAAACUUAAAUGAGAGCCCCACUUCUGAAGAUGUGAUUUUGCAUCUUUAGUUUUAAAAUUUUUUCUUCUGUUGGCUGUAAG